UCCCUCUCCCUGUUGUACUCAUUUUAUGUGGAUUGGAAACAACAGGUGUCUGCAUGUCAGUGUGAAACAGAGUCUAGAUAUUUGAGGAUUUAAGCAGAUUUCUUGUUCAUUUUGUAAACUUUAUCACUAAGUAUUUGGGCAUUCUGUACAGCUGUUCUAAUUGGAAAACCAAAACAUUUAGACUAAACAGACACACUGCAGAGUUUUGAUUUGAAAUAAUACAGGAUUGGCAAUCAGCAGCCAGUAACAUGAAGAACCAAUCAGCUCUCACCCUAAAGAUGGCCUUGUUGCUGCUGCUGCUGCACGGCACAGAUGCAAAGAUGGACAUUAUUACCAGUAAGCAAGAUGUUUUGGUGGGAGAAGAGAUCUUACUGUUGUGUAAAGUCCUAGCUGGGGGAGAGGGAGACAUAACAUGGCUUAAAGAUGGGGAAGAAAUCGAUGAAGACAAGGUGUCAAAGGUGGAUGAGACUUCCUCUAAAUUAGUCAUUAAGAACACUAAGAUGGAGGAUAUGGGGAGAUAUACGUGUGCCUGUGAGUUCGAAAAUGGACACAAAGAUGACAUUGCGACACAGCUGUUUGUUUAUGAGGGUCCAUCAUUUGGAAGCACCACCACCUAUCAUGAGUUUCUGGAGGGCACAGAUGGUGUGGUGCCAUGCCUGGCGACUGGCCAGCCAGCGGUGGACGUGCACUGGCUCAGAGACAAAGAAGACAUCUCAACAAAUGUCGGAAGGCGUGUGCGUCAGAUGCCUGAUAACACAGUCUUCAUUGAAAAAGUGAAGAGAGAGGAUGCUGGGACAUACUUGUGUCAGGCCCAAAUCAGAGGAAGGCCCAUCUAUAAGCAACUCUCCGUCUCUGUUGUCGUCAAUGCUCCUCCUUCCGUGCAUCUGAAAGAAGAAGUGAAAAAAGUGAUGGCUGGACCAGAAACCAACGUUUCCUUGCUGUGUUUGGUUGACGGUCUACCAAAACCCAACAUCACCUGGACCAUGCCGAUGAUGUUUGACCCUUCACAUCAUCAGUUCAACUCAGACCGCAGCCAGUUGACUAUAAAGUCUGUUGCCAGGGCCGACUACGGAGAGUACAUCUGCACCGCCACCAACAAGAUCGCUGAGAGCAGUGCUACCAUUAUGCUUCAUGUUUAUGAGGCCCCAGAGGUGUUUGUGUCAGCAGAGCAUCAGAGUGUAUUAGUGGGCAAGCGUGUAUCUGUGUCAUGUAACGUCUCUGGCCAUCCUCAGCCUGAACAACACUGGAUCAACAAGCACAAUGGACGCACACUGGACUCUGCCUCUGGUCGCGUCCGUGUUAAUGAUGGUGUGUUGGUGAUUGAUGAGAUAGUGCCCUCUGAUGGCGGACUGUAUUCCUGCAUGGCUGUCAGCGCCUCUGGAAAUGCAUCAAGAGACGUUGCAAUACACACCCAGCCCGGUCCGCCACUCUACCUGUCAGUUUCCACUGGACCAACCUCAGUCAUCUUCUCCCUUAAAACCCCUCCCAUCAGUGGAGGGACACCAAUCACUAGUUUUGUCCUGCAGUGGAGGCAAAGUGCCACAGAACAGUGGAAAGAGAUUACAGUCCCAGUUUCAGAUCCCCUAGCUAUCACCACCCUCAAGCCAUACACGUUGUACACAGUACGAUUGGCUGCCUUGAAUGCAGUGGGAGUGGGACAGUUCUCAGACACAAACACCGUCCAAACCCAGGGAAUACGUGAACCAGACAGUCCAGUUUUGUCGCCGGAUAAGAUGAAAGUAGAGGGAAACUCUUUCUAUGUCCCUCUUGAACAGUUUGAUGAUGGUGGAUCUCCUCUGCUGCACUUCGACGUACGAUACAGACAGGAUAAAGAGAAGACUGAGUGGAAAGACAUGCAGCUGUCGUCUGAUGCUGACUCUGUCUCCCUUCAAGACCUGUCCUACGGAUCAGACUAUAGACUGGAAGUCUCAGCGGUCAACGCUAAUGGUUCCUCCAUCCCUGCCGUGUUCAACUUUACCAUUGCAGAACAGCCUGUGAGCAGCCGCAGCAUGACCAAAGGGAGCGUGGCUGGCAUCGUCAUGGUGAUCUUCCUGGUGGUAUUCCUGGUGGUGGACGCCACCUGCUGCUACAGAAACCGCUGCGGCCUGCUCAUGUCCAUCGCUGUGAAAAUCUUUGGUCAGAAAGUCCCAGGCCUCCAAAUGCUUGAAGAUGUAGAGGGAACCACUAAUGGAGAAGUGAAGCUGAAGGGCAUAUCAACUCCAAGAGGCAGUGUGCAGCAUGCGGUGGUUCAGACAAAGGACAAGGGGCUGCUCACAGAGAUCACCUGCGACAAAGCCCCCCUUACCAAACACGAAAAAAACCUGCCAGGCAGAGACCUUCACACUGUUGAUGCGUGAGGCCAGAAACUGGAGAAAAAAGAAACAACAAAUGAAAGUGAAAAAUAAAAAAUAAAAGUGGGAACCAGCAAGGAUAAUGUAUAUACAACAAUAGAAGAUAGCAUUUACUCAGUCUUAAUAACUGACUCAGAACACUUAGCGACCGUUACAGUUGACAUGUGAUCAAAACGGCUAUGGGAAAAGUCAAUCAUCGCUGAGAGACUGCAGGGAAAAUACUGAUGUUGUUGAGGUUUGUUAGAACUGGGCUGUUUCAGACGUCUGUGCUGUCGGAGUGAGAGGACAGGGGGUCAAAAAGCUCUCAGCUUCCAGUUCACAUGAAGACGGACGCAGGCGACCAGCAGGGGAUGUGUGCUCUGAUUCAGAUCUAGCCCGACAUUGCCAGACCAAAUCGCAAAUGAAUGAGCACGCAGAUUGGUCUGGUUUGCAGGCUAACUUAAAUCAGUUCCAAAUACAGGGUAAUUCUACUUACAGGGUAAUCGUGAUAUCUGUGUUUUACAACUAAUUGCUGUUUUAAAUUAAUCUUCAAAUUGCUACUUUAUAAAAGUCACAACGAAUGUUUACCUUUUGCAUUAUAUGAAUUUUGUACACGGACACCUUUUUUAUUUUUGCUCUUUGUUAAUCGUAUCAUGGAUAUCCUGUAUUGCACUGAAAAUAUUUGUCUCUGUUAUUGAUGUUUUUAUAAUUGUUGAUAACUUUUUAUUAAAAUGCACUGUGUCAGCUCUUCUGAUGGUUAUGUUAGACUAAACUUCUUAUGUUUCUGGAUGAAAUAACACUGUAUCCUGAUACUGACCAGUAUUUUAAAUCAUUUCAAGGGCAUUUCAGCUUAAACUAAACCUAUCUAACCUUUAUGUAAUUAUCAUGCACUAAUAUGUACUGUUUUUAAACCAUACAUGAGGUAUUUAAUAUAGAGGUAUUUAUCAUGAGAGGCUUUGAACGUGAAGCCAUAUUUGACUUUGUAACCAGCUUUACUGUUUACUUUUUUGUGAAAUAACUUUAUGGUCUAACCCAAUGGCUACCUAAUGGAGCUGUGUGCCUUCUUUCAAGUACCUGUAAUGAUAGGCAAGAUGGAAAAAACAUAUGCACCUAACAAACUGACUGAUCCUUAGUUAAUUUGUAUUUACUGAAUAGUCAUAGUAGUAUUUACAGUUAUUAAAUAUCUUCGCAUUGCAGCGUUUUUGUUUUGGAUCUACUUUGACGAAAGUAGGUCAUGUUUCCAAUGGAUCUUUUUAGUGAAGUGUUUUACUAUUGCUGUAAUAUUUUAUUGAACACUGUACACGGCUGUAAAUACACUUGUUGUGACAUCUUUGUGUUUGAUAAAAACAUGGACUGUA